AUGGCCGGCUCGCAGCUCAAACGACUCAAGUCUUCCCUUCGGGAGCAGGGAAUUGUCGGACCCCAGAAGUCCAAGAAGCAGAAACGCCAGUUUGCGCAAGAUGAAAAGGCCAAGACCGAUAAGCGCCUGCAGAGAGGUGCGGCCCUCGGCCAGAUCAGAGAACAAUUCAACCCGUUCGACCUCAAGCACAACCCCCGAGGUCCCAAAUUCGAGGUUACGAGCAACAGGCCUCAGACUGGUGCUGCGGCAAAAGGCAUCCAUGGCCGUCCGACCGAGGCCAAGUCCAUGGGCGAGCAGAGGCGCCGCGAGACUUUGUUGGUUGAGAUGCAGAAGCGAAACAAGGUUGGCGGAAUCCUCGAUCGUCGAUUCGGUGAGAACGAUCCGUCCUUGGCCGAGGAGGAAAAGAUGCUCGAGCGAUUCGCCCGUGAGAAGCAGAGGUCGCACAAGAAGACGUCGCUCUUCGACCUCGAAGAAACUGAGCCUCUUGGCGAAUUGACACACGAUGGCCAAACCCUCAAUUUCGAACACCACGCCGACAUGGCAGACGACUUCGACGAAGACGACCUCGGUGAGGACGACGACAGCGACUCUUCUUUGUCCGAGAAGAAGAGGCUCAAGCGCCUUCGCAACGCGGGGCUGGGCGAUGACGACGAAGCAGCUGCAGAUGAGCCCGACAGGAAAAAGUCAAAGAAGGAGGUCAUGGAGGAAGUCAUGGCAAAGUCGAAGAUGCACAAAUACGAGCGCCAAGUCGCCAAGGACGAGGACGCAGACCUGCGAAUGGAAUUGGACAAGGAGCUGCCAAACCUACACGCUCUUCUGAUGUCCCACGGCAACAAAUCCGAUGCGCAGAAGAAAGAGGAGGCAAACAAACUGAUUGCUGGAGUCGACAAGGCUACUUUCGACAAGGACUUCGACCUGCGUCUCAAGAAGCUCGUACAGGAUCGCCGAGCAGCCCCCACCGAGCGCACAAAGACGGACGAGGAAAUGGCGGCGGAAGAAUCCAAGAGGCUGAAGGAGUUGGAGGAGAAGCGCCUGAAGAGAAUGAGAGGCGAGACAGUCUCGGAUGACGAAGACUCGGACGAGGAGAUGGAAGACCAAGAUGCCGAAGAGCCCGCUUUCCAGUUCAUUCCCGAAGAGGAGGACGAAGACUUUGGUCUCGGAAGGGGUAUUAAAACUAAAACUCGUCCCACUGCAACUGAGUUGGGAUUCGACGAUGAGGAUGACUUCCUCAUCGAGGACGACUUGAUUGCCAGUGGCUCGGACCUGGAACCCAUUGAGAGUGAAGAGGAGGACUCGGAUGAGGAAGAAGAGUACCAAGGCGACGACUCCGAAGACGACGAGUUCACCAAAGGACUUCUCAACGAGGAAGAAACGAAGAGCUCGCUGUUUGCGAACAGGGACGGAAAAGGGAGUGCAGAGGUCGACAGCUCCGAUCUACCUUAUACGUUCCCAUGUCCACAAAGCUACGAGGAGCUGCUGGCACUGUCGCAGAAAUUUCCCAGCGACAAGCUGCCUACCAUUGUUCAACGCAUUCGAGCCUUGUACCACCCGAAGCUGGACAGCAGAAACAAAGAGAAGCUUGGAAAUUUUGCUCGGGCACUGGUGGACAUGGUCGGCGAUGGCCCCCGCGACGAGAGUAGCCCGUCUUUUCAAGUACUGGAGAGUCUGAUUCGACACGUCCAUUCUCUGGCCAAGAUGUUCCCGGUCGAAAUCGCAAACCAGUAUCGGUCUCACUUGGAGGAGAUCAGCCAGCAACGGCCUCUUGCCAUGCACGUAGGAGACCUGACGCUGCUGACUGCGAUCGGAUCAACCUUCCCUACCUCGGAUCACUUCCACCAAGUUGCAACCCCCGCCAUGCUUACCAUCGGGCGUUACCUCGGUGGCAAGAUUCCUCAAACGCUCAGCGACUACGCUACCGGCAUCUACCUGUCGACUCUGGCAGUUCAGUAUCAACAGUUCUCAAAGCGUUACGUUCCUGAGGUCAUGAGCUUCUCUCUCAACACCCUAUGCGCAAUAGCUCCCUCUCCUGUUUCGAAGAUGUCUGGUAACUUCCCCGUUCACGAGCCUGCGGCGGGAAUUCGUGUCGCGAACGCGCGCAAGACGAAACUUCGACAGCUCUCCCCGGCCGAUUGUGCCAUCAUGGAGGUGUCCGGCGCUGAAGCUGAGUCCAAGAAGGCUGCACUGCUAGGAACGACUCUUCAACUCCUCGGUGCUGCUGCUGACACCUGGACCGGCAAGCCGUCAUUCCAAGAGAUCUUCCAGCCUGCCCUCGAUAUUGUUACGCAGCUCAGCAGCAAGCCGGGCCGCUCCAAGUUGCCCGAAGUGCUGGGCGACCAGCUUGACAAGUCCAAGCUCAAACUGGAACGGAUGCUCAGGAUCGCGCAGCUCUCACGGCGACCGCUCGAGUUGCACCAUCACCGUCCGUUGUCUAUCAAGACGUACAUCCCCAAGUUCGAGGACUCGUACGACCCGAACAAGCAUUACGACCCGGACCGCGAGCGCGCGGAGAUGGCCAAGUUGAAGAAGGAACACAAGAAGGAGCGCAAGGGUGCCAUGAGAGAGCUGAGGAAGGACGCUCAGUUCAUGGCCCGCGAGAACCUGCGCAUGAAGAAGGCGAAGGACGAGGCAUACGAGAAGAAAUACAAGAGGCUUGUGGCGGAGAUCCAAAACGAGGAGGGCAGGGAGGCCAACGCGUACGAGAGAGAGAAGGAGGGCAGAAAGAAGGCCAGACAUCGCUAG